GGGAAACGAGCGUUACAGACGAAAUGCACACACGUAUUCGUGCACACUGGUAACGAAUAACUUCAACUGACGCGGUUCGUACUUUUGCAGUAAAUUUGGUCGUGUGUAUAGUGUGGACAUAUGAUAUGGAUAUGGUGGAUUAUGUAAAGCAUGAUGUUGUGCAAAGAAACUUAAAAUUUGUGGAUCUCAUUCCCGCUGUGAAACGUUCCCUACAGGAGUAUUCAUCGCGGGAAUCUACGCAACCGUUGCGGGCAGUGGUUUGGAUGAACAAGAACAGGAGAUUGUUCGUUAUGCCUUCUUACGCUAAAUGGGAAAAUACGCUGGCCACAAAGCUUCUCAAUAUAAAUCCUGAUUGUGCUGGAAGAGGCUUGCCAGUCCGAAAUUCUUAUCUGAUGUUAUUCGAUGCAAAUGAUGGCCAAUUAAAAUGCGUUAUGGAGAGUGAGGCUAUAUCAUGGAUGCGAACUGCUGCUGCAUCUGUUGUAGCGUCGCAGGUACUUGUGACGAAAAUACCUAAAGUUCUUGGUUUAAUUGGAACUGGCAAUAGUGCUUUCUCUCACGUUCUUGCAUUCAAAGAAGUAUAUAAUUUUGAAAAAGUAAAGGUAUGGAGCAGAAAUCCAGAGAAUGUUGUUAGAUUUUGUGAAAAAUUGAAAGAUUUUAAUGUAACGCCGUGCCGGUGUGCAGAAGAAGCUGUACGGAAUGCAGAUAUCGUUGUCGUUGCGACGUCAAGUUCAACUCCAGUAUUAAUGGGGAAAUGGUUGAAACCAGGAUGUCACGUUAAUGCAAUUGGUGCUAUCAAAUCGACUUGGAGAGAACUUGAUGACAAAUGCAUGAACGAAGGCGUAAUUUAUGUUGACAGCAUUGAAGCAGCCCAAAAAGAAUCAGGUGACAUCAUUCUAUCAAAAGCAGAAAUAUGUGCGGAAAUAGGCCAAUUACUUUUAAAAAUGAAGUCACCAAAAACCGGAAGAUACACAAUCUUCAAAUCAUGUGGGCUGGCGAUCGAGGACGCGUAUGCCGCAAAGUUGGUAUGGGAGAAAAUAUCUUCCGAAUACAAUACCUGAUAUAGGUGAUUACAAGUCACAAUGAGGGCAGCCAUUUAAUUCCCUUUUUAUAGUGGAUUCCGCCAGUUGGGAGUAUUGGGAAAUGAAUUCAUUAUUUGCAUUUCGAAUCGAAACGAUAGUUUUUUGAAAUAUAUCUAAAAGUGCAAUUUUUGGUUAAAAGCCGUUCAAAAUUAUCUAUGUACCGUAUAAACAUAUUUCACUUGUUAUGAAUAAACAAAAUUAUAAACAUUA